AUGUCAACAACCACAAUUGAGCUAGUUUCGCAGGGACAACAGGAGUCACAGAACCCAGUCCAACCAUUCGGGCCGAGCACCGAAGAUGCAAUCGUACAACAGAAGCAAAAGUGGAAUGAUCCUCCCAUCAAUAGAUGGCGCCUUUUGGCUACAUUCAUCAGUUUCACGGUUGUGGGAGCAAAUGAUGGUGUUUACGGAGCACUCGUGCCAUAUCUUCGCGAAGACUACAACCUGUCUACCACCGUGGUCUCUCUUAUUUUCGUGACCCCAUUUGCCGGAUAUACGAUAGCCACGCUCAUCGUCAACAAGAUUCACAUGACGCUUGGACAGCGGGGUAUAGCAAUUAUCGGUCCCCUAUGCCAUAUCAGUCCAUAUGCGAUUAUGGCCAUUCAUCCACCCUGGCCAGCAAUGCUAGCUGUCUACGUAAUUGUUGGCUUGGGCAAUGGUCUCAUCGACGCGGCAUGGAAUUCCUGGAUCGCUGAUAUGGCCAACGCGAAUGCUAUGAUGGGGGUCCUACAAGCAUUUUAUGGUCUUGGGGCAACCAUAAGUCCACUGGUUGGGACUCAGAUGAUCAAGUCGGGUCUUCGCUGGAACUACUUCUACUACACACUACUUGGCGCAUCCAUUCUAGACCUAAUGGUGAGCUCUACUCUAUUCUGGGGAGAAAAUGCGGCAAGCUACAGAGCCAAGAAUCACAGAGGCUCGGAUAGUGGCGGUGGAAGCAGAACUACAGAGGCUAUGAAGAGUCCUAUUACCUGGCUGAUAGCCGUCUGGCUAUUUGUGUACAUGGGAGUUGAAGUGUCGGUGGGUGGCUGGGUCGUGGACUUCAUGGUCCAAGUCCGUCAUGGCGAGCCCUACGAAUCGGGUCUGAUUCCAACCGGCUUUUGGGCUGGUGUCACCGUGGGCCGUCUUGUUCUCGGUUUUGUCAACGACUGGCUAGGAGAGCGAAUUGCUAUCAGCAUUUAUCUAGCCAUUUCAAUCGCCCUAGAGCUUAUCUUCUGGCUAGUACCCCAGUUCAUCGUGUCCGCAGUGGCUGUCUCACUGCUCGGCUUCUUCACUGGCCCUCUCUUUCCCGCAGCCAUUGUUGUGGCGGCUAAGCUGCUCCCUAAGCACCUACAUACCCCUGGAAUCGGACUUGCGUCGGCGUUGGCUGGCGGGGGCGGAGCAAUACUGCCCUUUGUCGCAGGUGCCAUAUCCGGGGCCCGCGGUGUCCAAAGCCUGCAGCCAUUCGUCCUCGCAUUAUUGAUUGCAUUAAUCGCUAUAUGGGUGCUGCUCCCUCGGAGGAAGCAUCAUGCUUAUGCUGCUUGA